GGAGUAACGCAUGCGCGUCGCCGCCUGUGUGUGGCGAAAGCCCUCCGCGCUUGCAGCUGCCCGAGCUGUCGGGUCGCCGGCGGUGACAAUCCGAGCGCGCGGCGACGGCGGCCGUAACAAAAAACAAAACCAAUAGGAAGAAGAAGAAGAAGAACAGCCGCGAGGGGGCGGGGCUUAAGAGAGCGGUCGCUCGCGCCCUCCUCGGAAUCCUGAGGGCCAUUCGAACCCAACCGCCGGCGCGAGGCGAAGGAGCCCAACCGCCACCCGGCAACCGCCGUUCCGAGUCGGCGUCGCGCGCCCAAAGACUCCCUCAGGCUGAGCUGAGCUCCGGCGGGCGCCCCGUCCCGCGCCUCUCCGCUUUCGGGAGCUGCGGGCCCUCCUCGACUGCCCCGCCCUUGCCGGCUUGGCUUGGCUUGGCGGCCCGUCGUCGCCCUCGCUGACCCUUCCGGACGGAGGCGGCUUCUGAUCUGAGCACUUGGAUCUAACCAAAUCUUGCAAGAAAAUUACUGAGAGCAUAUUUAAUCAUGGGAACUCCUGGAUCAGGAAGGAAAAGAACUCCUGUGAAAGAUAGGUUUUCUGCAGAAGAUGAAGCUUUGGGUCAUAUUGCUAGAGAGGCAGAAGCACGGCUUGCAGCCAAACGUGCAGCACGAGCGGAAGCAAGGGAUAUACGCAUGAGAGAAUUGGAACGACAACAGAAAGAGCUUUCUCGACGUUCUUAUGAUAGAAAAUGGGGACAUAUCCAAAGGUGGAUGGAAGAUUCAGAGAAGGCUAGGGAUUCACACAGGUCCAGCCGGCGGUCAUACCUGGGUGCUGGUGACUUGGUGUCCACUCGAACUACUGGUAGCCACAGGAGCACCUCCUUGGAUGCCACUGGGUCACACAGGAGCAGAGCAAGUACUUCCAGGCGAAGAGAUCUUGUGAGCCAUGCUCAUGGAGACUCUUAUGGUGGGAAGAAGUCUUCUAGCUCUAAUAAAGAUCUUUUGAGUGGAUUUUACCAUGACCAACGAAACUACAGCAGCCUUAGGCAUAGCAAACCACUUUCUACCUACCAUCCUCGGUCAUCUUCUCUAUACAGUGAUCCUUUGGCAACAACUAAGAAUUACAGGGUGUCUCCAGAUGUAAACACUGGUUUGAUAAGAAGUGCCAGUUUGGCAUCGUUAAGUGGUGAUGGAUUCUAUAACCCAUAUAGUUAUCAUACACCUUCAGAAUACAGUUGUUACUCUUCAAGAGCAAGUUCAGCACGAAGUAGUCCAGUGUUUACAGAUGAUGAAGCAGGGAGCAUUGCAUCCUCUGAUCGUGCUGUUCGAGGCAGGAGGGAUAGUGUGUCAACUGAUUUUUCUGAUCAUAGUGAAACUGCAGCUGAUUAUUUUAGCCGCUCUAAUCGUAGGGGAAGCAUUGUUUCUGAGUUGGAUGAUGUCAGCAUUCCAGACAUGAACAGUCUGGAAGAAAAGAGUGACAGGCCAUAUUCUGACUUGUAUACAAGGCCAGCGUCUCGCAAUUCAGCAACUCCUUUGAGUGGAAACUCAUCUAGACGAGGAAGUGGAGAUACUAGCAGUCUAGUGGAUCCUGAUACCUCCUUAAGUGAAUUGCGGGAUAUCUAUGAUCUUAAGGACCAGAUACAAGAUGUAGAAGGGAGAUACAUGCAGGGACUUAAAGAACUAAAGGAGUCACUUGCUGAAGUUGAGGAGAAAUUUAAAAAAGCAAUGGUUUCUAAUGCCCAACUGGAUAAUGAGAAAAAUAACUUAAUCUAUCAAGUGGAUACUCUAAAGGAUGUCAUUGAGGAAAGAGAGGAGCAGUUAGCAGAAUAUUACAGAGAAAAUGAAGAUAAGACAAAGGAAUUGGAAAGGCAGAAACAUAUGUGCACCGUUCUGCAGCAUAAGAUGGAUGAACUUAAAGAGGGUCUUCGCCAGAGAGAUGAACUAAUAGAGGAGAACCAACGCAUGCAACAGAGAAUAGAAUCUAUAACCAAAGAGGUGUUUGACCUCCAGGAAACAGUUAAUUGGAAAGAUAAAAAAAUUGGGGCCCUAGAGAGACAGAAAGAGUACUUUGACUGCAUUAGGAUUGAGCGGGAUGAGCUCAGAGAUGAGCUGGCUGACCUGAAGGAAACAAUGAAGACAGGAGAGAAGCAUGGAUUAGUUAUCAUCCCAGAUGGCACUCCAAAUGGUGAUGUCAACCAUGAACCAGUAGUUGGUUCAAUAACAGUUGUAUCGCAAGAAGCUGCUCAGGUCUUGGAAUCCGCAGGAGAAGGACCACUAGAUGUUAGGCUACGAAAGCUAGCAGAAGAAAAGGAAGAGUUAUUGUCACAGAUUAAAAAAAUGAAAUUACAGUUGGAGGAAGAACGGCAGAAAUCCUCUGGAAAUUAUGGCACGAAUACUAAUUUAACGGGAUUGGAAAACGGUUCAGAUUUGCAGUUUAUUGAAAUGCAGAGAGAUGCCAACAGACAAAUAAGUGAAUUCAAGUUUAAGCUUUCAAAAGCUGAACAAGACAUAACUACUCUGGAACAAAAUGUUGUAAGACUUGAAGGACAAGUAGUAAGAUAUAAAACUGCUGCUGAGAAUGCAGAAAAGGUAGAAGAUGAACUCAAAGCAGAAAAGAGAAAACUUCAGCGAGAGUUAAGAACAGCAUUGGAUAGGAUAGAAGAGAUGGAGAUGACCAACAGCCACUUAGUAAAACGGUUGGAGAAAAUGAAGGCAAACAGAACUGCACUCCUAUCUCAACAAUAGAAAGUUAGUUUAAAAAAUUGCACUGCUC